CACACUAUCGCCACCGACCAACUCCGCCAACCAUUCCCAAAGCCCUUCUAAACAGCACCCUUUUACGCACGCAUCAAGUGUCCGAACCGUUCGGUGUCUGCAAAGGCAUCUUGCUGAACACAAGUCAGAACCGGGGACCUUUCGCCCCAAAGCGUCGUCUCUCUUGAAAUCCUGUUUCCUUUUCUCAUUGACGACGAAUGUGUCGUGUUGGAAUUUGUUGCUGUUCGUGCUUCUGCACCACCACCACCAACCAUUCACUCACCACCGACGCAGCAACAGCAGCAGCGGCAGCGGUGGCAUCACGCAGCACGCUUUUGCCCAUGAAGAUUGCCAGGCCACUGGCAGUCGGGCUUGCUCGGCACCCACUCGGAAACUCGCCUUGAUCCCGGACUCAACAAAAUGGCGGACGCGGGCCCCUACUGGGAUGCGGGCCUGGUGCGCGUGCACUACAACUACACGGGCAAGCUGAGCCGGCCGGCUUCCUCACGGGGCCUCGGCGCGGCGGGGGCCCUGCUGCUCGCCGUCUGCGGCCUCGUGGUCGCCGCCAACUCGCUGGUGCUGGCGUCGAUCGCGUCGCGCCGCCGCCUGCACACGCCGGCCUUCGCCCUCCUCGCCAACCUCGCCCUCUGCGACCUGCUCGCCGGCGCCACCUUCUGCGCCAACGUGCUCCUGUCGGGCGGCGCGACCCCGCGGGGCCUCACGCCGGCGCUGUGGUUCGCGCGCGAGGGCAGCGUCCUGGUGGCGCUGGCGGCCUCCGUCUUCACGCUGCUCGCCGUCGCGCUCGAGCGCCACGUCACCAUGGCGCGCCUCAGGCCCUCGUCCUUGCCGCCCGCGGCCUCCGGCGGCAAGGCCGCUGGCGGGCCCGCGUCGCUCCUGGCCCCGGCGGCGUGCUGGGCCCUGGCGCUGCUGCUCGGCGCGCUGCCCUCGAUGGGCUGGAACUGCCUGGGAGCGCUGCCCACGUGCUCCGCCGUGCUGCCCCUGCACGCGCGCUCCUACCUGCUGUUCUGCGGCUCGCUGCUCACCGCGGCGCUCGUGGCCAUCGCGGGGCUGUACGCGCGCAUCUACUGCAGGGUGAGGGCCCGCCUGGCGCGACGCGCCACCAGGAGAGAGCUCCACCCCAGGUCGGAACUGGCAAGCGACGGCCGCGGCGGCGGUGGACGAGGCGGCGGCAGCGGACGAGGAGGUAUCGGAGGAGCGGCGGUGGCGCAGCAGCAGCAGCAGCGUCAGCGCCGCUCGUCGGGCCUGCGCUCGCUGUCCCUGCUGCGCACCGUCUCGGCGGUGCUGUGCGUCUUCACGGCGUGCUGGGCGCCGCUCUUCGUGCUCUUCGUGAUGGACGCGGCGUGCGGCAGCGCCCAGCGCUGCCCGCUGCUGCUCAAGGAGCGCUGGUUCCUGCUGCCGGCGCUGCUGCAGUCGGCGCUCAACCCCGCGGUGUGCGCUCUGGGCAGCCGCGAGCUGCGCCGGGCCCUGCUGCGGCUGCUCGAGGCGACGCCGCUGAUCGGCCGGCGCUGGCGGCACCGGCGACGGCGCUGGUGGCGGCGCUGGUGCCGCUGCUGGGACGACGGCGCCGGCGAGGAAGGGGCCGGAGGCGCCGCGGUCGGCGGAGAUGGCGCCGGGGGCAGCAGCGCCGGCGACGACGGGGGACGCGGGCCGAGGGGGCGGAGGUCCGGAGCCAUGUACAGCCGAUCGUACAGCGACUCCGCGAGCCCCGUGGGCGGCGGGGGGGCCAGCUCACCCGCCGGGCCGUGGCGGCCGAGCGCGAGCGUCGCGUGA